ACGAGGAGAAAGAGCUCUCAAGGAAGUCUAGAAGAUAAUGAAGACAAUUUUCAGCCCUUCUGCAUGAAACACACUCCCCACAUUUUGAACUACUCCCAUGGGUUUUAACACGCUCUCACCACACUUUUGACAGGUGGCCUCAGAUCAGUAGCUGUGGUUGAAGCCAUCAGAACUGAAUGACAGGAGGCUUGAGCUGAGGGUUGGAUCCUCCCUGACUGCCUGAGCACAAGGAGAGUUGGGAGGAAAAGCUUCAAUUUCUUCUCCGCCGAAGAGACCACACGCCAGGCACGAGGCUCACUUCUCCUCCCCUCUUCAACUCUGUCUUUUCCUGGGCUCGUGUCCAGGGAAUGACUUGUUCCAGUGGACCCAGAAGGAGGAUUACAAACUGAGGACACCACACAGCACCUCCAGCUAUUCCUGCUUUGCUACUGGGACAAAGGUUUAACAAAUUAGCAGCUUCAACACCUGUGCAUGUGUGUGUUUUUUUUCUAAUAUUCACUUUUUUGUUAAUGAGAUAAGAAAGAGUUGAUCUAAGCAUUACACAGAGAAAGAAAAAAAGAAAAACAGACGGACUGACAUAUGGACAGAGAGCAGUGAGCACUGCGGCGUGAAUGUAGCAACUGGACUUCUUUUCUCCCUGGUUACUAAGACCUAACACGGAUAAUAGCCAAAGCACUAUCCUUUUCCACCAAGGUGGUGGGUGGAUGCAGCUUUCAGCAGGCUGCUAUAGGGGAAAGCAGUAUAUCUGCAAAGAAGCUGCAGAGAUAUGUUUAGUUGAUCUAUGUUGUGGUGCUCCUCAGAGAAAGGACUGUUACCUCCAAGCUUCAAGUGGACUCCUGUUGGAUGCUGAAGACUAUAUCUUGUUAAACCUGUUUGCAGCACGUUACCUGUGCAUCUUUUUCCCGCUGAUGCUGAGAGGACUUGCAUGGUUUUUAACUAGAUAAAUAAACAAUGUAUUUCUCAGUGAUAAUGGCAGGAUGCGUGAGGACUGUGAGUCUGCCACUGAUGCUGCUGCAUCUUAUUUUGCUUGGCAUGGCUCACACAGCACAGAGCAUCUAUCCAAGGAUACGGCUCUCACACAAAGAGCUUUGGCAGAUGAACAGGACCUGGGUGUUCCAGGGACACGGUGUGCAUCUUCAACCCCAGAACAUGCUGCUUGAUGAGACUCACCAGAGGCUUUACGUUGGUGCCAAGAAUGCUCUAUUCUCCCUCAGCCUGGACAAGGUUAACACACACCCCAGACAGAUCGUUUGGGCCAGCACAGAAUCUCAGGUACAGGAGUGCAUCAUGAAGGGAAGGGAAAAGCCUGAAUGUGCAAACUACAUCAAGGUCUUGCAGCCACAUAACCAGACCCAUUUGCUGGUCUGUGGAACAGGAGCCUUCAACCCCAUCUGUGCUCUGGUCAGAGUGGGACAUGCAGGGCAGAAGCUGUUUGCUCUGGAAGAGGAGAGUGUUAUGAGUGGGAAAGGACGCUGUCCAUACGACCCCAGAAGUCCCUGCACAUCUACACUAUCACGAGGAGAGCUCUAUAUCGGCCUCUACACUGACUACUGGGAAAAUGAUGGUGCUUUCUGCAGACUUAACAACCACACCUACACACGCACUGAAAGAAACAACAGGGAGCAGCUUAAUGAGCCCAAGUUUGUGGGUUCAGCAGUUAUCCCUGACAACGAUGACAGAGAUGAUGAUAAAGUUUACUUCUUCUUCACUGAGAAAGAGAAGGAUGCUGAGGGCAUGAACAGGGCUGUCUAUACCCGCAUCGGGAGAGUCUGUGCGAAUGACCAAGGAGGUCAGAGGAUGCUGGUGAACAGAUGGAGCUCCUUCUUGAAAACGCGCCUCGUCUGCUCUGUGGCUGGACCAAAUGGCAUGGAUACGCACUUUGAUGAGCUCGAGGAUGUGUUUAUUCUCAAUAACAAGGAUAAGAAAAACCCAGAAAUCUUUGGCCUCUUUAGCACAACAAGUGCUGUGUUUAAAGGCUAUGCAGUGUGUGUUUAUCACAUGGAUGACAUCAGGGCAGCCUUUAAUGGUGCAUUUGGGUACCGGGAGAGACCUGAGCAUCACUGGACACCUUACGAGGACAGAGUCCCCUACCCUCGACCCGGAUCUUGCGCCAGUAAAGUGAACGGCGGCAGCUUCUCCAGCUCCAAGGAGUUUCCUGAUGAGGUUCUACGUUUUGUACGUUCUCAUCCUACGAUGUACCGCCCGAUCCUUCCACAGCAUAAGCGACCCGUCCUUCUGGAGACAGAGCCCGGCAGAAGAAAGCUGACCCAGAUAGCAGUAGACAGAGUCCAAGCACAGGAUGGGCACUACCAUGUUCUCUACAUCGGCACGGAUGACUCUGUGGUCUUGAAAGUCAUCACCAUUUACAACAAAGAUGCAAACACCAUGGAAGAGGUGCUGCUGGAGGAGCUGCAAGUUUUCAAGGUGCCAGCACCAAUUAGAGAGAUCAUAAUAUCAACCAAAAGGCAACAGCUGUAUGUGGCAUCAGAACUGGGCGUCGCCCAAGUCAGACUGCAUCAGUGUGACCUUUAUGGUUCAGAAUGUGCUGAUUGUUGUCUGGCGAGAGACCCAUAUUGUGCCUGGGAUGGUCUCACCUGCUCCAGAUACUACCCUGCUGGAGUCUACACAAAGAGUAGACGAUUCAGGAGGCAGGAUGUUCGCCAUGGCAACGCUGUACAGCUGUGCAAUGGGCUGCAAAUUGAUGGAGAACAAUGGCAAAGAGCUGAGAGGAGGCUCGUAUACGCGGUGGAGAGCAACAACACUUUACUAGAAUGUGUUCCUCGAUCACUUCAAGCCAAGGUUCUCUGGUUCAGCCAAAAGGGGGAGGAGAAACGUGAGGUUCGCAAUGAUGAGCGGGUUAUCAUGACCUCCCACGGGCUUCUGUUCUUACACGUGCGAAGCUCAGAUGCCGGUGUGUACGUAUGCCAAACUGUGGAACACGGAUAUGUGCACACAUUAUUACAUAUCAGUCUGCACGUGCUCAGAGGGGAGAGGGUGGAGUCAGCCAUCCACACGGCUAAAGACGGCGAGGGAGGACGAGCUGCAGCAUCGUGCCACCCGGCCGCAGGCUCCCCGCUAGGCCCCAGCAUCAGCCCACGAUCUCUGCUGCCACCCCCGGUCCCAGCUCCCAACUCCAGGCUGUGGUACAAAGAAUUCCUCCAACUCAUUGGCUAUGGCAAUGCUCAGAAGGUGGAAGAGUUCUGCGAGAGAGUGUGGUGCUCUGAUAAGAAACGAAAAAAGGCCCAAAAGAGGUAUAUUUCUCUUGGUGGUGAGAAGAGAGGGAAAGGGAAGGGGGAGAACUCCCACAGAGCCCCCAGGCACACCUUUGACACCUGAAGGGAAUAAAGACUCACUGCUACAAACUCGCACACAAACACAGUCUAAAUGUUGUACUCGCCACCUAAAAAGGUUUUCAAUUUGCUUUCAACCAGAGUGCUAACAUUUAAAAAAAAAAAAAAUCAACUUCUAUCAGUCAGUGUCAUGUCUGCUUAUCUUUGUGAGGUUCGAACUUCAUUUUUGGGGCAGAUCCUGACUGAACACGGCAAACUAGACUUUGAAUGCAGCACAGAGGGCUUGCUGGGACAGAUGGACAACAAAUUCAGUGGUGUUGCCUCUGAUCAGAGACACAUCAUCAUACAUCAGCUCCCGCGGACUAAGCAUGCCGAAUUCCUGCUGUCAGUCAAGACAUUCAAGGACGUCUUCACCUAACCUCUGCUCCACCUCCGGCUAAAAGACAGACCGCAAGAAACUUUUACUGUAUAUAUUAUAUAUAGAAAAAAAGAACAAUAUUGGAGAAUAUUUCCUUCUUAUCUUUUUCUGGUCGUACGGUAACUUAUUUUCUCUGUUUCUACCUUGAAUUUUUUAGGUGUUAUAAUGUCAAUAACUGGAAGAUAGCGUUGUUCUCUUUGUACAGUUAAAAGGCGUUCACGUUGCAAUUAUAAGUGUAGGACAUGUGGUUUAAGAGGCCACAGUAAUAGAUGUUGCAAUGCCACUAUUAUGCAUAUUUGAGGCAUGUUUCAAUUAUAACUAUGCCUUCAAAGAACAUCAUUACAAUUUAAGCACUUGUAAACUUGUUAAAGUAGAUGAAAAAUAGUCCAAUCAUUGGAUACUAUUUCAGUCAUAUUUAUCUUUAUUAACCAUGAUUAAAACUAGAAUUGUGAUCAAAUGUAAUGUGUUGUAUUUGGUGUCUAUCUGAGGCGUAUUUGUGUGCACAUCUGACUGUAACAGCUGUGUAUUAAAAGUAUGAAACUCUUCUCCAAUGGCUGUCUUCUGCUUUCCUCUCACUCUUUCUUUCUCUCUGCCACCUCUUAUUCCCUCGACACCACCUGACCCCCAUUUGUUUGUCUUCAGUGCCUUUUCUGGUGGCAUUCAUAGUCAUCACCACAGACCUCAUUGUACAACACCUCAUUUUCCUCAGAAGAAAAGAGUGAAAUAAAAUGUUACAGUGCCCACACAAACAUGACAUUGACAAAACAGUCUUAUGAAUAAGCGAUUUAUCCUGAGAUGACGGAAAGAUGUUGAUGUUACAGAUAAUUGCAGUUUAGUGCUAUUUGCUUUAUUCUGGUGAACUGGGUCCUUUUUUCUCCUUUUUUUCCCCUCACACUCUACAUUAUUUAUUUCGGAAAUCUUGAUUGCUUUGACCCUGUCUGAAGGGCUCUCAUAAUCCCAUUAAAAUGACCACUUCGUCUCUGUCAAGACCUUAUAUCGCCUUUGUAAUCCUUUAUUAUUUCUCAGCUAGGGCCUCUAAUGAAAAUGUGAUUUUUGCUUUGCCCUUUAUAAAUCAAAAACUAGAUGAAGGUCAAAUAAUGACCAAGUAUGUCCAAAG